AUGGUGAAAAUUAAGCCACACUCACUCUUUCACCUCUGUUUAAUUCCUGUGAAUGUGAAGGACUUGGACACCGAAAAGUACUUCCAUUUGGUGCUUCCAAAUGAUGAACUUGUUGAAACGAAGAGAUCUCACAAACAUUGCCACCGCAAGAAGGUUUUGCCAGAGAUCUACCUGACCAGACUGCUCUCCACCAAGGGCACACUGCAGAAGUUCCUGGAUGAUUUGUUUCGUGCAGUGCUCAGUAUCCAUGCAGUGAAACCCCCCUUUGCUGUGAAGUAUUUCUUUGAUUUCCUGGAGGAACAGGCUGAGAAACGGGGCACCACUGACCCAGACACCCUGCACAUCUGGAAAACCAACAGCUUGCCUCUGCGCUUUUGGGUGAAUAUCCUGAAGAAUCCUCAGUUCGUCUUUGAUGUGGAAAAGACUGACCAUAUGGAUGCCUGUCUGUCAGUGAUAGCCCAGGCCUUCAUUGACGCCUGCUCCAUCUCUGACCUCCAACUAGGCAAGGAUUCACCAACAAAUAAACUGUUGUAUGCCAAGGAAAUCCCAGAGUACAAGAAGGCUGUGCAGAAAUAUUACAGAGAGAUCCAGGAAAUGAUCACACUGAGCGAACAGGAAAUGAAUGCUCACCUAGCGGAGGAGUCCCGGAAAUAUCAGAAUGAAUUUAACACCAAUUUUGCGAUGGCUGAAAUCUACAAAUAUGCCAAGAGAUAUCGCAGUCAAGUGAUGAAUGCCUUGGAAUCAAACUCAGCGACCCGACGCAUGCAGUUUCAACACAAGUUUGAACAAGUCAUUGCACUGAUGGAGGAUAAUAUUUAUGAAUGUUGCAGUGAGGCCUAGCUGGAGUGAGCUCACUGACUGAGUACACCACUGACCCGCACUUCUAACGCUGACAACCUUCAACAGACUGUUCUUCACAACAACUCGUCCAUUAGUGCUGUCCAACGGCCCUGAAUAUAAAAGGGAUUGUGUUUUACUCCAGUCAGUAACAGCCAGGCAUGGGGGCUUUUGACCAACACUAAGAAUUAGUGGCAGCAUGUGCCGUGGGUUAUGGGUGGUAUGGGUUUUAUAUCCCUGUCUGAUGGGCUGGUCAUGAGUACAACCUGUGCAAUCCCAGCUGGGGGGGGGAGGGAAGGGUU